UUAAUAAAUAUGCAAUCAAUAAAUUCAAGCGAAGACUCUAAUCGAUUGAACCGAUCAAUAAAUUCUUAAAGUGACAUUUCUGCCUCAAUCAAUUAAAGUUUACCAAACAUUUCGAAAAGCGAGAAUAAUUUCGAAAUACGAAAAUUAACAUGGGAUGAUUUUUAAGGAGUACCACCUGAAAAUGAUCCAGCCAAUGCUCUUACAAGAUGGAAAAUUGGAUAUAAUUAUUAAGUGCAUCAUGAAGCAGAUAAGAUUUAAGUGGUGGUAGAUGCUUGGUGUAAGAUUGAUCCCUCUUCUUGGAAAAAAAAUGAAACAGAUGAAUUAUUGCAUCAUUAAUAAGGUUUAUCAUUUUUAUUAAUACUAAUAGGCCAUUUUUAUAUAGGGAUGAUCUGUGCUUUGGAGUUCAAGAAGAGAGUGCAAGAAUUCUCUUUUAGUAAAGAUUACAAACAAGAAAUCUCAGAGGUUUUUCAUUCAACUUUUUAAGAAUACUUAGAUAUGGAGAAUAAAUAUAAUAUUGAGACUUUGAAUAUGUUAAAUACUGAAAAACAAAGAUAGUGGGAUAUGAAGAUAAUGAAGCAAUUGAAUUCUCUAUAAAAAUAUAUUUGA